UACUGCAUAUUUGAAAAAAAAUAUUUUAAGACUCUUCACUCCUCACAAGGUGAAAAUGAGGAAUGAUUCAAUCUCAUUAUUAUCUACAGAAACAUUUUGAGGAUCUACAACUGAUUGUUUUAAAUGUCUUGUUUUAGGCUCUGUAACUAAAAUCUUCCACGUGUGCAUCCCUGAGUCCCAGUCUCAAGUGUUUCUAGUGGGAGUCCUGCAUGAAAACGUCUGAUCGCAACACAGCCUGGCAGUGCUUUACCUCUCUUCUACCCCCUGCCUUUAAUUUCCUUGAUUCCUCACCCCAAAGUCUCAUCAUUUCCCAUUUCGUCUCCCUCCCCUUCCUGGCUGUCGGAUGCAGGGACCUCCUCAUUUGAGCUGCAGGUUUUUACGUGGGCGAAUCACAAAGUGUUGGAAUCUAUUGCCUUUGUCUGACAAGUCAUCCAUCUCUAUGCAAGGGGAUCUGUAGGAUGGAUGUAGGAGGGGGGUGAUCUGUGGGACUGCAGCUUUUAGAAACAGACACACAAGGAGAGGGGUUUCAUUCUCAGCCCAAAGCUUCGCUCAGGCACAGCCCAUUCCGGAGGAGAGGGGGACACACUGCUCUGUACUCCGCCGUGUCCAUGUUGUUGUCAUCUCCGCCCCUAUCUGAUUAAACCACAGAGCCUGCCGCUCCACCAAGCCGUCCACAGGAGAGGGGAUUUUUUUUUUCCCGGCCGCAGAUUGCAGAUCGGAGCUGUGGAGAAUCAGCAAAUCUUUUGUUUUUGUCCUCACGAUGUCCGUUAAACACAAACAGUGACCCGGUUUGAGCCAAUGUUGCUGCGACUGGUGCGCUCUGCACACGCGUGGGUCAUGCUCUGCACCUGACAGCUCCUUCUGCAGACUUUUGAGUUCAGACUUCAAACAGGAGGGAAAACUUAGCAUCGCCCCAAGAAGUUGUUCACUGCUGCAGCCUGCGGACUCUUCCACACGGACUGUUUUACACCAAAAUAUAAAUCCUUGUUGUUGUUGUUGUUUUUUUUACUCCUUUAAAGCUGCAUCACCGAGGCGAAACGGCGACUUCAGUCGAUUACCUUUCUUUCCUUUGCUAUCCAAUGGAUAUUCACUGCAAAGCAGACCCCUUCUCAGCGAUGCACCGGCACGGCGGUGUGAACCAGCUCGGCGGGGUGUUUGUGAACGGCAGACCCCUCCCGGACGUGGUGAGGCAGCGGAUCGUGGAGCUGGCCCACCAGGGCGUCCGGCCCUGCGACAUCUCCAGACAGCUACGGGUCAGUCACGGCUGUGUCAGCAAAAUCCUCGGCAGCUAUCAGAAGGCAUUUCAGAGGUACUAUGAAACCGGCAGUAUUAAACCCGGAGUCAUUGGUGGCUCCAAACCAAAGGUCGCAACUCCGAAAGUGGUGGAUAAAAUUGCAGAUUAUAAGCGCCAGAAUCCAACCAUGUUCGCUUGGGAGAUAAGGGACCGACUACUGGCUGAGGGCGUCUGCGACAACGACACGGUUCCCAGUGUUUCAUCCAUCAACAGGAUUAUCCGCACCAAAGUCCAGCAGCAAUUCCACCCGUCCCCCGAUGGAUCUGUUACGCCGCUUUCCACGCCGGGCCAUACCAUAGUGCCCAGCACAGCCUCCCCUCCUGUGACCAGUGCCUCGAACGAUCCCGUAGGAUCCUACUCCAUCAACGGCAUUCUGGGUAUUCCCCGCUCCAAUGGCGAGAAGAGGAAACGAGACGAUGUUCUCUGGAGUGGCAACCACUUGGAUGGAAGGAAAAUAGGACAUUAUGGCUCUGAUGGUUCAGGCCCGGGCAGCGACUCUCAAGGCAGCGUGGAAAGUUUAAGGAAGCACCUGCGAGCAGAUGCCUUCACCCAGCAGCAGCUGGAGGCCCUGGACCGCGUGUUUGAAAGGCCUUCCUACCCCGAUGUCUUCCCCACUUCAGAACACAUUAAACCCGAACAGGCGAAUGAGUACACUCUACCAUCCCUGAAUGCUGGCCUGGAAGAUGUAAAGCCGAGCCUUUCCACCAGCGCCAGCUCCGACCUCGCCUCCAGUGUCUCCCAGAGUUACUCUGUUGUGACAGAAUCUCACCCGUCAUAUCCACCUUCCAUGUGUGUAAAGCGGGAGCCCCAUGAGGCAUCCUUUGCCCCCUUCACCCCCUCCUCUGUUGGGGAUUCUGCUCUAGCUGACAUCUUGCCCCACCAGUCCAGCCUCUCUGUAGAUGCCUCUACUCCCAGCUACCUUGCUCAUGCCCACGGUCCCUGCUACAGCCAGUAUGCCAGCCAGCCCUUUAUAGCAGGUCGAGACAUGGCCAGCACCACCUUACCUGGCUACCCGCCUCAUGUCCCCCCCACAGGACAAGGCAGCUACCCCACCUCCACCCUCGCUGGAAUGGUUCCUGGAGGGGACUUUUCCGGAAACCCUUACUCUCAUCCACAAUACACAACUUACAACGAAGCUUGGCGGUUCAGCAAUCCAGCAUUACUAAGUUCCCCUUAUUAUUAUAGUGCCGCAUCCCGUGGCUCCGCACCUCCCACUGCUGCCACUGCCUACGACCGCCACUAGUUACCCUGGAGACCAGCUCAAACUGCAGGGCCAGAGCUUCGGCCUCCAUAUUGUCCCUGUCUGAGAAACACUGAGGUCGAAGGGAAGCGAGGUGGAAUCCUAAACGAAAGCCCGUCAUCUUGUGGAGGAAGAAUGGGCGAGGUCGACGCCGGUGCACCCAGCUUCAGCGUUACACUCUUUGGAUCAAAAAAAAAAGGGGCCCAUGGGCGUUGGGAGCUCACCUAUCAUGCCCUCACUCUCUCACAGGCCUGAACAUUUCCAGAAUGACUUUAAGAGAUUAUAUAAAUAUAUAUAUUAUAAAAUAUAAAUUGAAGAAAAACAGUGUGAAGAAUACCAUGUGGAAAAAAAUGUUGUGGGUUUUUAAUUUUUGUUUCUUUGUUGCUGUUGUUGUUGUUGUUAUUUUAUUCAUGGAUCCUCACAUUCCUUUAUGUAACGAACUGCAGUAUUUUUCUGCUCUGAAGAGAGAAGUCCAGGGGAGUUGACGGUGGUCCCAUGGCUGGAUAAUGUAGCGACUUGAACCAGUGUUGUGGGGCCCCUCUGACACUUAAUGAGAUCCUGGCUCCACACUGUAGAACAGGCUUUACUCCGGUGCUUUGACUAUGUCUUUUGCUCCCAUUUGACCUAAAUUAUCAGAUGAACACAGCAUGCCCUGCAACAUCCACCGACCCUAUAGACCGAUGGCAACAUCAUACUCCCUGUGGCAAACAAUCAGAUGUAAAAAAGUAAAUCAUCUUGCAAAGUAUUAAAAAUGUGGCGACCGUGACCUGAAAAUGGUCCUGCCAUAAUUUUAAAUACUUUAAAUUAUUUUUUAUGUCACAAUUUUUUAAAGUUUUAUCAAAGGCUUUUCUGAAUCGCUGUCACAUUUCCCUCAUUUUCCAGUCAUGUCCAUGUCCGUGCAUGGUAUCCUCAUUUGCUCUUUUUUUUGCACUAUAACCUCUGUUUAUUUGACUCUUUUUUUUUUGUUAUUCAAUUUGGCACAUUCGCUUAUAAUUAAGUUUAUUUAACCAGUUUCAAAGCAUAAAUUGAAAAUAUUUAUGUUGUAUUGGUGUAAAAAAAAACCACACACAAAGAAAACAAACAUCUGUUUCUGUGUGAACAUCUUUUUCCAGAGUAAAAGUGAUGCUUCCAAGUUUCUGAAGACAUUUGCAAGUCAUAGCUCUUUGGCUACACCAACAGAUCCUUCCAGUUCAGCUAUACUUCAUUCAGCUACUUAGUCAUACCACUAGAUGCCUACACAGUUUAGAAAGCUGUAUGCAGUUGUGCAAGCCAACUGCAAACUAGCUUCAACAAUUGCCUUACAAACCUGUUUUUUCAACCUAAAUUCAUGCCUGUUCCAUGAAAUUAAUUGCCUUUAAAAACAUGUAUUCACCACCCUCCAUUAAGUUCCACUCUCCAUAGGGGCUGAAAGGAAAUACUGUUUCAUUUUGCGUUUUGGAAAAUAUGUUGUGAAUGUACUCUUAACUACAUUUGCCAAAGACUUAGUUUGAUAUUUAAUAUUUUAUUUACAGUAUAUGUAUGCAUAAUUAAAGCAGUAUUAUCUUUUAAAUAAGUCAACACUGAACAUGUAUGUCAUGGCUUUUCAACAGGUGAACAACAUGAUGCAUAUGACUGUAAUGGAAAAGGUGAAAUUCAGUGACUCAAUACUCCAACAAUUGCAACUCAGUGCUGCUUUAUAGAAUGAUUUGUGAAUAAUGUGAAGACAAUUCUUCUCUGUAAAUAUAAUGUCUCUCACACACACACACACACACACACACACACACACACACACACACACACACACACACACACAAAUACACACACCAUCGCAGUAUCAUACUAAUGUACUGGCUCCCUUUGUAGAUAUACAGACUGAAAAAAAAACACAUGCAUUACAUUUGUGUCUUAAUGUAAUGUUGUGCUCUAAGGAAAGGCACAACUGCUGUAUAACCUAUGGCUACGUCAAUAGCAGGUUUCAGAUGCUAACAUCACAUAGGUUGUCUUUGUCAUUUUAUUUUAUUUUCAUGAUAUCGUCAUGAUGAUAUUUUAUGUCACUAUGCAAUGAGUUUAAUGGCUUUCUGUAUCAUCUUUUGUUGUCGGGCUCAGAAUAAGUAAUCCCCAUGGAGAACAGCAUAAAAAGUACAAAAGACCUCCAGUGUGAAAUGAUUAUUCUCUGGUUUCACUUUUGCUCCCCCCUAAAUGAAGAUGUGAUCAAACUGAAGUCCUUGGCAAUCGAAGAUAUUGUCCUGAUUGCUGUUUAUAGAUGUUGUGGUCAUUAUGUUAAUCCAAAUUACAGUGAUCUGUGCCUCCAUGUAUAGAAACACAUCCAUACUUAUUCCCAGUCACCCAUCUCUCCUCCCUCCACUCUCCACUGCUACCAGUACAACUAUUUAGCAUAAGGCAUUCAAGAUUUCUUUACUACUACACAAGCUAACGCAUCAUCUGUUACCGGGGUUAACUGUCAUUGCUGAGGGCACCAGAUAACAGAGAAACAGACUGCGGUCCUGCUCUUCAGGAGAAGCUAUCCUCUACAAAUUGCACUUGGGAUUUGCCUAUUUCUGUCUACUUGCAGCUCGACAUAUCUGAAAAUGAAACACUGGCGCAGAGUGCGAGCCACCGUCAUUUGGGCAACGUCUUUGCUUUAGGAAGUGGAGCACCUCUGCAGGAAUGAGUCUUCUGCUGUUGUAAAGAUGAUACAGGAGAUGUGUCAUGGACAUAAAAAGGAUUUCUGAUGAAAAUCUAUGUGGAAAGCCUUGUGGCCUCAAUCAUUGUUCUGUUUCGGUUUCUGUUCCAAUUCUUUUUGUGCACAUGAGAAAUAAAUUCUUUUAUAUGUC